CUACAAGACCCACCAGGCAGCGCGGCUGACUGUCGUGGCUGGUGCAAUCUAUUACUGUACUUUCACAGGCAGGAGUGGGAAAAGAGGGUCGCGGGGGAGGGUGUAGUUGCUGCUGUCUCGGGUGCUCGGCCGAAUGGGGAUUCUUGGGACUUUGCUGUGCUGCAGAUAAUAGCUUGUGACUGCGAGGACCUCAGUGCUGCGCUGGUUGGCGUCUCCCUCCUCAUUGGGCGAGAGGCAUAAUAGAGCUUUCUUGCAAAGACCCAACUCAGCCCUCUUUCAGUCAAGUUACCAGAAGCCCGGAGGAGAAAAAGACUGCAAGGAAAGGCAAGCAUGCACUUAUAACCGGGGAACCUUAAUUUCUUUAAAAAUGUCGCUCCUGUAUUAACGGGGAUUUUUGGGGGUGGGUGUGAUUGAUUCCCCCUCCUCCUUUGGAAAGAGGACCCUCCAAGGGGGGAGCAUGCAUCGCCUCUCGGGGCUCGCGAAAGAAGCUGCCGCCGGCGCUCGCCCCGGCCGCAAGUACGAAAAGAAAGAGGCGGCCGUGCGCUUCGUCGCCUCGCUGGUGGCUGGCAAGCAGCCGCCGCGACCCGUCGCCCGGCCUCGUCGGCCGCUGCAGAAAGAAGGGCGGUCGGUUCGCUGGAACAGCGCUGCCAAGGCCUCCGCGAUGCCGAUGAAGGAGAAGCAGACCCGGGAGAAGAUCCUCACGCUGGAGUCCAUGAACCCCCAGGUGAAAGCGGUGGAAUACGCCGUGCGGGGCCCCAUCGUCUUGAAAGCGGGCGAGAUCGAAAAGGAACUGCGGAAGGGGAUCAAAAAGCCUUUCACGGAGGUUAUCAAGGCCAACAUUGGAGACGCUCAUGCCAUGGGACAGCAGCCCAUCACCUUCCUUCGUCAGGUAGUUGCACUUUGUACAUACCCAAACCUGUUGGACAGCCCGAACUUUCCGGAGGAUUCAAAGAAGAGAGCAAGACGGAUCUUGCAGGGCUGCGGAGGGAACAGCUUAGGUUCAUAUAGUGCCAGCCAAGGGGUGAAUUGUAUCCGUGAAGAUGUUGCAGCCUACAUUGAACGACGAGAUGGAGGGGUUCCUGCAGAUCCAGAUAACAUAUACCUGACAACAGGAGCUAGCGAUGGCAUUGCUACUAUUCUGAAGAUCCUUGUCUCAGGGGGUGGCAGAUCCCGAACUGGAGUGAUGAUCCCAAUCCCCCAGUAUCCCUUGUAUUCGGCUGCUAUUUCAGAAUUGGAUGCCAUUCAGAUCAACUAUUACCUUGAUGAAGAGAACUGUUGGGCCCUAGACGUCAAUGAACUACGUCGUGCCUUGAAUGAAGCCAAAACAUAUUGCAAUCCAAAGGUCCUCUGCAUCAUCAACCCUGGGAAUCCCACAGGUCAGGUUCAAAACAGAAAAUGCAUUGAAGAUGUGAUUCACUUUGCCUGGGAAGAGAAACUGUUUCUUCUGGCUGAUGAGGUUUAUCAAGAUAAUGUCUACUCCGAGAGCUGUCAGUUUCACUCCUUUAAAAAGAUCCUUUACCAGAUGGGACCAGAUUACUGCAACAAUGUGGAACUUGCUUCUUUUCAUUCUACCUCCAAAGGAUAUAUGGGCGAGUGUGGCUACAGAGGGGGCUACAUGGAGGUGAUUAACUUGCACCCAGAUAUCAAAGGGCAACUUGUGAAGCUUCUAUCCGUCCGUCUGUGUCCACCAGUCUCAGGCCAAGCAGCUAUGGAUAUUGUAGUGAACCCUCCUGUACCUGGAGAGGAAUCGUAUGCACAGUUCAUCAAGGAAAAGGAGUCUGUCUUGAACAACCUUGCGAAGAAAGCCAAACUCACAGAAGAGAUGUUCAAUCAAGUACCAGGGAUUCACUGCAAUCCGCUUCAGGGAGCCAUGUAUGCUUUCCCACGAAUCUUUAUCCCGUCCAAGGCUACUGAGACUGCAAAGGCUCAUAAAAUGGCUCCUGACAUGUUCUACUGUAUGAAACUUCUGGAGGAAAUGGGGAUCUGUGUUGUUCCUGGAAGUGGGUUUGGCCAAAGAGAAGGAACUUACCACUUUAGGAUGACCAUUCUCCCUCCUGUAGAGAAGCUAAAGAUUUUGCUGGAGAAAGUGAAAGACUUCCACAUAAAGUUUCUUGAAGAGUACUCUUAAGCAAAAUAAAGACUCUCUCUCUCUCUCUCUCACUCUCAUUUUCCAGAGUAAAUCUGGAAAUAGAAAGAAAGCUGUGAUGUGAAAAUACAGUUUUUGGUCUUCUCAUCAGUCAAAUCCACAAUAGAAUAGUAGAUCCCAACUAUGAAAUUUAAGUACAUCCAGCCCAAGCGUCUACUGUGGAAUAUAAAUAAUGUAUUAUUACAUGGAAAGGGAUGGAAAUAAGGGCAAGAAUUGAGGGGGAGAGAGAGUAUAAUUUUGUGCCUUGACUCUGAAAAUUUAUUUCUUGGCUUUCAUGGCUGGAUGGCCUGAUUUUUUUGGGGGGGGGGUAAAGAUAGUGAUGUUCUCAGUAAGAAUUCUUGGCACUCUACUGUUUCCAAACAGUAACGUUACAAAAUUUCCUUUUGCACUUAAAUUAUGAAAGCAAAAUUUAACUGACCUGGCAAUUUAAUGUCAAUAAACACCCUUUUACAAGA